AAGAAGACGAAGAGCACAGCCAAAUAUGGACAUACUACCGGUCUUAGCCGGUUUCGCUAAGUUAUGCACGCUGCAAAACACCGAACCAAGUUCUAAAAGAGGGCGUGGUGAAAGAGCUCAUUGAAGAUGCCUGAGGAGUGUUCCCUGUCACCUCCACCAGCCCCUCCACCUCCACCUGCUCCCUGUCCUCCACCUGCUUCAGCACCAAGGAGGAAGCUGUUUCAGACUAUAGCCAGCAACAGGAGUGCUGUGGAGGGGGACUACACUGAGGCUUGCUUACUUCUCAGGCAAAGGGAGAGCAGUUUCAGGAAGGACCUGCAGUGGAUACUGGUGAACACAUAUGUGCCUUCUCUAAUCCAAGAUGGUCCUCAGUGUGGUUUGGUGGCKUUGUGGAUGGCUGCUCACCUCCGGCAGCCUCUGCUGACUGUUGACAUGAAAACGGUGGUUCAGACAGCAGUGAGACGGGGGUACACAGCUCAGGGGGAAAUGUUUUCAGCAUACAACAUGGCCUUACUAGCAGAAGAGGUUUGUGGUUGUAAGGCUGAACUGCUGUCAGGAGGUUUGAGUGGCAGAAAUGGUGCCACCAUCAUCAAACACCUGUGGGGGGGUCAACCUGUUCUCAUCCCAUACGAUGAGGACAGCAACCACGAGCCGUGUCAGCGUAGAGGWCAUAAAGCUCAUUGGGCAGUAGCUUCAGCCUCCACGUUUGCUGAUGGCAGGAGUGCUCCUGGGUUUGGACCCGGGGAGUGUGAGCACAGAUCACACUCGGGCCGAUCCCACGCUGCCUUGGCUCCACCUCGCCGCCGGCAGCCGCCCUCCCUGUCCCUCAGGCAGCAGAGAGGUUCACAUCCUGGCCAAGCAGGGGAAGAGUCUGCACUACCGGCUGUGGAGUCUGGACGGCGUGGCUCAGAGCAACCAGCAGCUGAAGACCAUGGACCCUCGGAGAGCCAAYGAUGGGACCCAGUACGUGGUUCCUGAAGGAGGGGUGGAAGCCGGGCUGGCGGGACAGGCAGUGUUACUCCACACGACGUGAAAACUCAGAAACAAAGCCUGGUGCUGCUCGGCUUUCAUUUGAUGAAACUAUAAACUGUUCAAAAUGAGGCAUAAAUUAAUGUAAAUUAUUUUUUUCAACUCAUAGAAAAACACUUUGUGGAUUUUAAAGGGGCAAUAUCAUGUAAA